UCAGAGUAGCAUUGCAACUCGGCUGAAAAGGAGAGAUAGACGAAAGCGGUUUGGAAAUUACUAAUAGAGGGGGGAAACAGAAUAUAAUAUAUAUAUUUUGGGGAGAUUUGUGUAAAAGAUACACGGAACGGGGACAAGAAGGGAUUUUUAAAAAUUGAAUCAAUGACCUUAGUCGCCGGGACUUUAGGAGAACGGGCUCCUACGAACGAGUGUGUAGCCCAGCGUGACGUUUGAUGGAAUAGCUGCAGAACAUUGCCUUUCUCCUCCGGUGGUGUUGAUCGGAACAAGGACGAGGAGGGGGACCUCGAGACACAUUCACCAAGAGGAAGUAAGAAGUACCGCAGGUUUUUUGGAGGGCCUAUUCGACUUCCUUGCUCUAUCAACAGAUUCACUACCCCGCCCCCCUCCCGACCCUGAAAAGAAUAGAAAUCAAUAGUAUGAACAUUUUGUGACAGCUACAAUUAAGAAGUAACAAUAUACUUAGACGGCUUGUCAUACAAUUUACUUAUCUCACCUUUGGGUACACAUUUGAACUCUGAUGUCUCAAACUCUGAGAAAUAUGUUAUGAACAGCAAUACUACAAGUUAGCUAAUGAUUUGCCACCAGGAAUAUUAUUGUUGCCGGUUUGAGACUCCUUUCUUUGGCCGACACAUUGUGAAGCAUUGAUAGACCCGCACAUGGCUCAGUUUGAGCUUCAUAUUUCACACCAUGUCCAUUUGUAAUUAGUUGCCUAGUUACGCCCGGUUAAGCAAAUAGUUAGCCUGCAUGGUUUUGACAUUAAGGAAGUAUAAAGGGAAAUAUUGAAGAAUCCAACCAUUUUUUUCAUUUGGAACGGAAUAUUUAUGCACUGUUUACAUGAUGGGGAAAAUGCUAUCGAAAAUCUUUGGCAACAAGGAGAUGAGAAUAUUGAUGCUUGGACUUGAUGCUGCUGGAAAGACCACCAUCCUUUACAAACUGAAACUUGGACAGUCAGUCACCACAAUUCCCACAGUUGGUUUCAACGUUGAGACUGUGACUUACAAAAACGUAAAAUUCAAUGUAUGGGACGUUGGAGGCCAAGAUAAGAUCCGUCCCCUGUGGCGACACUACUACACGGGCACACAAGGGUUAAUCUUUGUUGUGGAUUGCGCAGACAGAGAUCGCAUUGAUGAGGCCAGGCAGGAACUCCAUCGCAUCAUUAAUGACCGUGAGAUGAGGGACGCCAUCAUCUUGAUUUUUGCCAAUAAGCAAGACCUGCCCGAUGCCAUGAAACCACACGAAAUCCAAGAGAAACUAGGAUUGACCCGCAUUAGAGAUAGGAAUUGGUAUGUUCAGCCCUCCUGUGCGACCACGGGAGACGGACUAUAUGAGGGGUUGACAUGGCUAACAUCAAAUUACAAAUCCUAAUGAUUGAGUGAUUACUGUUUUAGAUUAAACUACAAAAAAGUCAAAUUGAGGCAAGUAACAUAACUUUACUUCUCAAAUAAAUAUAUAAUAAAGAGAAGUUUGAUCUCCAUUUAUUUUGAUUACUAUGAUGACCCUAUAACUAAUUUAUCUUCAUAAACUUGGUUUUCUGGCUUAUAGUUUGCUUCUACUUAGCUCUUGAGAACCCAAGGUGUCUUACAGCCGGUCCCGGUGUUGGGUUCUUAGCUGAUGGUAUGGAGGACAGCUGGCUCCAUGUGAACUACAAUCCAGACGCUCUGUUUUAACGUUUAGAAACUUUAAUAAUCCUUGCUUGCGAUACGGUUUUGGAAACCUUUAGUUGCAAACUUUCCCAUCAGGGUGAAAUAAUCAUUCAAAUACAAAUGAUGCAGUUUAGCAAAGUUGCACCUGGCAUUAUUAUUUUUUAAACGGCCCUCUGCCGAGGUAUGAAACUUCCUCCCCGGUUAAGGUAAAUUCACACUGCGGAAGCCAUGUAGCGCAGUGUUGCAAUGUCGUUUUUCGUCACAAAAGGGGCAGCUCCUUGUAAUAUGCUCCGGCAUUCAACGUACUUUUGUACUAUCUGAACAUUUUGGAGAGCUGUACCAUUCCUUCCGCAACAUGGGGGCAGUGUUGCUGUAUGGUUCCUUGAUCUGAUCAAUGCUAUAUGCUGGGCUCUCCAACCCUGUUCCCGGAGAGCUACCCUCCUGUACGUUUUCACAUGGAGAUGUGAGAAGCUAAAAAGGCUAGCUAUGUUUUAAGUUCGGCUAACGCCAGCUAGCCAGGCUCCCAACUAGCUACUACUAGCAAGGGAAGGCGACUCUUCCUUGAUUUCACAAAAUUAAAUGACAAAAUAAAAAAUAAAUGCUGUCGCCCCCUUGUGAAUUAGAGUGGGACCGGUGAAGAUAUCAUUUUACCAACGGGUCCGCUGCUCCAAAAUUCGCACGCACGUAGAUCAACGGAGUGAAGCUUGUAGUAACCUUUACGCGCCAUUGGAGACGUUUGGAGGGGAGGAAGUGUAGCCUGUUGGAGGCGGUGUUCUUGAAAAUACAGCCGGGUGCAACUUUCCUAAACUGCUUAGAGUAGUGUAUAUUUUGUAUUUGGGGGGGGGGGAUUGCUUAUAUGUAAGUUAAGUUCCAAAUGUUUCCAACUGCAAGGCGUAUUUGAGUUUAGGCAAAGCAUUUGUGCAGUGUUGGCAUUGAGCCAAGUCCAUUGGCUCAAUGUAAUGCAGUGGAAUUGGAGUCAUGAAUAAGGGUUCGCUUCUACUCUGUAGCAAGCCUAAGUGAUAUUAUGUGGCUUGAUGAAUAUCAAUUAAAUGUGUUCAUAAUUCAAAGCUACAGAGAGGACCAACUUUGCCUAUUCUUUAUCACAUUUUUAUAUAUUUUCUAAUGGAGCUGGAUUUGUAUCUUUUCAUUAGGGCUCAGGCUUGGUUCAUGUAUGCUUUUAAAGAUACUGUUGGAUUGUGAGUAACAUAAGGGUCUGAUUCAUAGUUUUUCCUUUCAGAACUAAAGUCUGAUGUUUAGUCUAGCUUGUUUGGGACAACUACAACACCUUAUAUUACACAUGUUUUUAAUACAGAAAACAUUUAGCAAAUGUAGGUAUUUGUUUUAGAUUUGUAUUGACGAAAACACUGCAAGAUGUGAUUUAAAAUUUUCACCAUUGCAUACAUUUAAUUGUCAACAUUCUGGACAUUGUUGUGACAAAAUUAUGUCAGGAAAGACAUUGACUGUCCGAAUAGCCAUACUUGCAUUCAAAAUAGUAGGUAUUUUGGGGGAUGCAAAAAUAUGGUUCAUAGUAUGUGCAAUGUCAAAAAUUGCGUAUGCUUUAAAUGCCAGGAUGUCAUACUCAUUUCGGCACUUCAUCUAGUAAAAUUCACUGCACACUAUUAAGGAAGAGAAUAGUUUUUCGAGACCCACGUGUGUUUGAUAACAGCUGAUAAUCAGAUAUGGUGAUGUGCUUUACCAAAAUAAACAAAUGGCAGGAAUCAAUGCAAUUUGAGCAUUAGAUUAUGCAUUCUCAGUAUGGAUGAGCCUAGUAUGUUAUUUGUUGCUAACUGUAUUCGAUUUUACUAAACAGUAUGUUCUAAAUAGUAUUUAGUACGAUUAGUACACAGUAUGCAGUUUUAGUAAGUAAAAAACAAGACAGAUUUGGGACACAGCCAGAGUGUAGUGCUUAGACUCGUGCAACUGGGUUCCAGAUGGCAAGUGAUUCCCUAUAGUGGGCUAUAUUGUGAAUUAAUUGGCCUUUUUGUGUACUCAUAUUUUGAUCCCAGAUUGUGCUCAAGCAAACUGAAACAGGUCUCUGUUAACUCAAACAUGCUUUUCAGAAUGCAGCUUUUGUUCAUAGGGUAACAUUGAUGGUUAUGAAGCCAAUGGACUCAAUAUUUCCAAAGGAAUGUCAUUCAGCUCUGAGCUUUCAACCUACUACUGUUCAUAUGUCUCAGGAUGCGAGACCUUUUACUAGCCUGUAUCUGCAGCAUGAGUACAGAAGUAUAGUAACCCUUCAGCAGAGUGGGCCUGUCAUGCAAUGGGAGAGAGCAGCUCCCUGGUGAAAUUAUGAUGUUUUGGUUCAGCUCAUUGUAAUGUCUAAUUAAAAAAGUAAUUUUAAAUGUCUCAUUUUCUUAUUUUGAUCAUAACUUGACCAAAAGUGAUUUAAUUGAAUAAACUGCCUUAAUUUUGCUGGACUCUGCUUUGGCAGCAGCUAAUGGGGAUCCAUAAUAAAUACAAAGGAACACAGUUAUCAUAAUACACAGCUUCCCUAGGACUCAAAAUCCAUUAUAAGAAAGUAUGUACAGAAUGCUAGCGAUAGGAUUGUGAUUGUUCUUUGCUUAUAGUUUACCACCCUUGCAUUGGGGAAAUUCUUAUCUGCUUUAUGUGAGCGUUUACCCCCUUGAGGAAUGAUUUAUAACAGAACUUGUUCUCAACUGGCCUACCUGGUGAAAUGAAAUUUGAGCAGAGCUUGCACUUUUGAUGUGCUACAGACUGCCAGGUGUUAAAAUAUCCAACACAUAACACCUUCAGGGCUUCAAUACUCUGCUUAAAGAUGUUCUUUUUACGUAGGCUAAUUGCCAGUAUAUGUUGACCUAUUUUAACUGCAUAACUAAAAGCUGUGGUUUAAGGUGUGGCAAGCUUAACCUUUACCAAGAAUGUAAUUUCCCUCCCAGAUGAAUGGACUACUCUUUGAUGUGAAUUGGUCAACAACAACAAAAUAACGUAAUGUAACCUUCCAGUGUUUUUCAGCAUUCCAUUCACAUUAGGUAAUGACUCAUUCUGUUAUCUUUUAUGUGAAGAACACAAUGUCUUGUUGGUGUGUUGCAUUGAGACUUUUCAGGCAGUUUAUAUAGCUGUCCACCCUCAAAGCCUUUUGUCACUCUGUUCGCCACCAUUGAAUUGGGAAAUAUGUUUUUCCUUUUACCCCAUGUACAAAACAGGAAGUCCAAAUGGUCUCAGUGGAAUAACUACAGAGCCACAUUGCUAGCCCGCAUUGGGGGUUGGUUGACUGACAGGCUGCAUAAAUGUUGGAGCAAUACAGCAGUUUCUGAAUUCUGUCAGCUGUGGUUCAAAACAGGCUGUAAAUUCAUAGUUUUUGCCCCCCCCCCCAGUAUUUGUUUAGAAGGAACAUACUGUGAUUGCAUGUCGAGUGCAAAACAAAGAUUAAAAAAACAUUUAAAAAAAACAAUACAUAUAUAUCGUUUCUUGGGAUACUGUACAACAUUGUUUAAAAAAACAUAAUGGUUUUUGGACUGUUUUGUGAAAGGUUUUGGGCUGAGCCUUGAUUUACUAACAGACCAACAUCUGCUACCAAGUUGUAGAAUUUGAUUUGAUUUGGAUGAUUUGAUUUGUUCUCUCCAGUAAGCAAUCCAGCUGCAUGCUGGUUUGUAUAUUGUCUGGGGUCCUGUGAAUAUUGUAAACUGUUCACCAGAUUGGUUAAACUCAGAAAAACAUGUUUUUGUUUGUAGAAAUAAAAAAUAAUAGUAGAAAUA